AUGAAGUUCUCCACGGCGAUGUUGAGGUGGGGGUACAUGGUCUGCAGCCACUCGGCCAGGUCCUCCUUCAUGGCGUACAGGUACUCCUCGCUGGACCGGAAGGGCCUGAAAGGCCGUGCCUCCAACAGGACCGAACUCAUCGUGAGGAUCGUUUGGGAGGCGAGAAACAAGCCCUACCACAUCCCGUCUGGGUUGAUAGAGCUGGUCGAGAUCAAGGAACUGUUCAAUCUCUACAUCGGCUGCAAAGAUGCGAGAACUUACAGGUGUACAUUUGAAAACAAUGAGAAAUGUCAGGUGUGGUACGAGCGUAUCCUGAAAGCAGCAGAACCUCCGAGGCAGGUGGAGCAGCUCUUCGCUUUCUAUCAUUACAUCUGGUCGAAAGAGAAGGGCAGCGAUGACGUCAUUGGUCAAAUCGAGAACCAACUUUCUGAUAAUGGACGCCAGAUCGUAUACGACCGCGGUGGCGAACAGAGCCAGAGGAGGAGGCUGCGAAUGUCCCGAGUAUUAUCCGAACUGCGAGAUCCAGUUCAUGAAUCUGGCGAACAUACAUUCCAUACGGAAAAGUUUCCACGCCUUGAGGCAGCUGUGUAACUAUUCGGCGGACCAAAUCAAGUAAGUGUAAGCAUCCAUUCGAUCUUAGAUAUCAACUACAAAAUAGCCAAAAUGCUCAAAGUGAAAUGGGCACAGUUCAAAUGUUCCUCCAAAAAAUUUACGAAUCCAUAUUAAAAGACCAAAUGAACAACUAUUUUGAGGCCAACAACAUCUUUACCACGAACCAAUUCGGCUUCCGUAACAAAAGAAGCACUACCUUAGCUAUUAACAGACUAACUGAAUUCGUUUCAGAGGGUUUUGAGAACAAGCUCAAUACAUAUACCUCUUUCCUGGACCUUACUAAGGCAUUCGACUGCAUAUCCUUUGAAAUUCUCUAUAAAAAGUUAUUUUACGACAACUUCGAUAUGAGCAGCGUAUCCA